AAAAAAACCGCUGCGCCUCUCUUUCCGUCUUUACGGUUUUGCUGUGUCCCACGUGUCCGGAAGUGGCUCCGCUUGUUCUGCUCCUGUUUUCUGACAGAAACACCUCCAGAGAAGAAGCCGAGGAGUUGCGAAACUUCGGUCCGGCUGUUGCGACAGGGGCCGGCGGGGUAUUCCGGUGAACCCCGGGGCUGAAACAUGGGCCUCCUGGCGAGGAUACGGAAGGAGUGGUUCAUCAUCGGGAUAGUGCUGGUCAUUUUAUCGGCCAAACUGCAGCCCAGCGUCGGUGUCAGAGGAGGUCCAUUGAAGCCAGAGAUCACCAUAGCGUACGCUGCCGUCUCGCUCAUUUUCUUCAACAGCGGCCUGUCGCUGAAAACAGAGGAGUUGACCAGUGCGUUGCUUCACGUUCGGCUCCACCUGUUCGUUCAGUCCUUCACGCUGAUCUUCUUCCCGCUGGCCGUGUGGCUGCUGCUCAAAGUGCUCGCACUGACCGCCAUCGACCAAUGGCUGCUCAAAGGGUUACAGACGGUGAGCUGCAUGCCCCCUCCGGUGUCCUCUGCUGUUAUUCUCACCAAGGCUGUCGGAGGCAACGAGGCUGCUGCCAUCUUCAACUCAGCGUUUGGAAGCUUCCUGGGAAUCGUAGUGACUCCAGUGCUGCUGCUGCUGUUUCUCGGCUCUUCAUCCUCCGUCCCCUUCUCCUCCAUCUUCUCUCAGCUCUUCAUGACUGUGGUGGUUCCUCUGAUCCUGGGUCAGGUGUGUCGUGGUUUCCUCAGGGAGUAUCUGGAGCGGCGAAAGCCUCCAUUCGGCGCCAUCAGCAGCGCCGUCCUCCUCAUGAUCAUCUACACCACCUUCUGUGACACCUUCAGUAACCCCAACAUUGAGCUGGACCCCACCAGCCUGCUGCUGGUCGUCCUCAUCAUUUUCUCCAUCCAGCUCAGCUUCAUGCUGCUCACCUUUGCCUUUUCCACCAGAUCAGGCUCAGGAUUCAGCCCUGCAGACACGGUCGCCAUCGUGUUCUGCUCCACACACAAGUCUCUCACUCUGGGUAUCCCCAUGCUAAAGAUAGUGUUUGAGGGCUACGAGCAUCUCUCUCUGAUCUCAGUCCCUCUCUUGAUCUACCAUCCGGCUCAGAUUCUGCUCGGCUCCGUCCUCGUACCGACCAUCCGCAGCUGGAUGACCAGCCGCCAGAAGGCAGUGAAACUGUCAACUCUUCAGCCCAUCUGACGAGGAUGAAAUUAAUGUUUUGGUGGUUCUGCACAAGCGUGUGUGUGUUUGUGCUGUGAUGGCGGACUACGUCGGAGGGACACAGUUGUACGUGCCUUAUUACAACCAAUCAACAGAGACCUCAGUGCAGCGGACGAGGCGCGCCAGUUGUCUCGAUAUUCUCCAUUUCUACGACAAUGAAAAACUCAUAUUUCAUAUUUCCAGCAUAUAUAUUCUUUUAUAUUUAAAAGAAUCAAAAGUAGAAGUUUUAUUUUUAUAUGAAAUACCCAAAAAUUCCUGCAAAAAGAGAACAGCUGUAUUGUUUUGUUUUGUUUUAAACAAAGGGAGCGUUUGGUUUGAAAAACAGCAGGAACAGGAAGGGUGGAGUUACUGGGACCGUUCUUUUUUUUUUUUUUUUCUCGCUAUUUUCUACAUUUUUCUACUCUAUCUUUCUCCUAGCUGUCACUGCCAGAAAAUUUGGACAUUUUCUACAUUUACGUUCUUGAUAGAAACAAACUAAUGCUGGAUUAUCUGACAUUUAAUAUACUUCAUAAUAAUGACAGCUGUUUUGAUUUUUGACGCUUUCUAUAAUAACAUUUGUGUUUUGUUGACAAGAAGCAGUCCUGUGGUGACACCUUUUUGAAGGGAUGGUGUUGAGUUAACAAAUGAUCUAUCCAAAUGAUGAAGGUAUGACAUGAACAUUGAGGGAGUCUAAUUUAACAGGCAAAAUAUGCUAAUCUUUCCUGGUUCCGUGCAGAUUAUUUACGUCUCUUUUAUUGCAUUAUUCAAACAUUUACAUCAUCUGUUUUUAUGUGUUUGUCUCGAUCAAAUUCCUGUCCACAUCAUUUGCCGCACACCUUGACUUAGACCGAGCCAACGGUAAUGACCUGGGCUCCUAUCAAGCAGAUGUUAUCAAGCACAGUAAAGAGUAGAAAAAAGUCUGAAAUUGCUAAAGCUGCACAAAAUAUUUUGAAAAAUAUGUUCUACAUAUACAUCUGUAUGUAGAUGAUACCCUAUUCUAAGUCGAUGUGAGUGAUAUAGUGAUGUUGACAGACAUAUCACUUUGCUGUUAUCAUAUUGAUCACCAACAAAAAUCUCACAACGACAAUGCUAACAUGCUGAUGUUUAGAAGGUGUAAUGUUUGCCAUGAUCACCAUCUUUGUGUUAGCAUGCUAACAUUUGCUAAUUAGCACUAAACACAAAGUACAGCUGAGGCUGAUGGGAAUGUCAAUUGUUUUGAAGGUAUUUGGUCAAAAAACUAAGUAGUGAACGUAUUAAAAUUUUGACCAGAUGAUGGCACUAGAUCAAAAGUCAGAGGAUAACCAAAGUCUUUAGGAUUCAUCCUCUGGGAACCAUGAAUGUCAGUACAAAAUUUCAUCUACAACAAUCCAUGUUAUAGAUGUUGAGAUAUUUCACAGGAUAAGUGAAAAUAUUUGACCCACUGGUGGCGCUAGAGGAACAGUCACGGGAUGACCAAAGUAAUUGGGCUUCAUCACCUGGGCACCAUGGAUAUCUGUACCAAAUGUCAUGCUAAUCCAUCUGGUAGUUGUUGUGAUAUUUCAGUCUGGACCAAAGUGGACUGACCAACAGACGGACAUUGCCAUCUAUAUAGCCGAGCCUAGCAAGGCUUAAAAUGAAGAUCUUGGAGACGUACAUGGUUGUGGCCUGGUAAUCAAACUGAGUUUCCGUUUUGCUGAAAACAAUAUGAGAUGUGGGCAACGAUGAGAGAGGUCUGGAACCAGAUGACCCUAUUCAGAGGGAUGACAGUGAAUGUAUCAUCAUCACAACCAAUCAGAACUGGAGUUGCAACACAUGGCAUCCAUGAACGACUGUUAUUCUCAGUCCGUUCAUAUAGGGUUCACAGUAUUUUUAGCCAGUGUUAGCUGAUUUGUGAUGUGUGUCUAUGGACCAAACUGUACUGUGAUUAUGGAAAAUGUACCAUACACGAGCAUGAUUUGCUCAGGGGCACUUAGGCAGUAUUUCUGUAAAUUAUUUGCUGGUCUCACCCUUUAGCCUUACACCCCUCUGGUGUUUUAUGUCAAUUCUGAUUUCCCCAGGACCUUCUGAUUGACAUCUUUAAGGGUUUUUCAUGUUAAUGUUCGGGCACACCCCCCGCUAACCCCCAGCAGACAUAUUAGAGAUCCUCAGCUCUGUGAACAGCUGAUUGUGUUUCUGUUGUAGUAGAUUAUAGCAUUAGCAUGUUAACAUGACCAUCACUGUCUUUCCUAAAUCAGUCUACUGGAUAGUAGCACCUUGACAAAUCAUUGGGAGUUACUAGUGUGUUGCUAAGGUCAUGAUCCCUCACCGUCUUCCCAUCUACAUACAGUACACUGCCAGUUGUGUUUGUUGGAAUACAACUAAGUCCAAUAUUCACUAGUUCUGUUUUUGGUCUCUACCAACUCCUGAGGGAAAUAACUGGUUCUUUUGCUGCUAAAUGCUCCACUAUGUUCACCAGCUAGCUUCUAACUGUGUCCGUCUGCUGUUUGCUGCUGAGUAAGUCGUGUACAGUGGGUUUUUACAGCUUUUUCUCUGAAAACGAUACCAUGAGAGCGUUGAGAGUGAACCAAAACAGUGAAGUUGUGGGCCGGACAGAUAAACAAUGAGAUGAAAUUCUCUAUAAAGCUCCGUAUAGCUGCAGAUUCAGCUGAUAAUUCUCUGUAGGUUGAUCACUACCAAAGACCCUUAUCACAUUGUCACAUUGUUUUCACAUUGUCAUUUGAUAUAUUAUUAUAAUGUGAUGUUAUAGUAAAAAUAUCUGUUAUAACAUGUGAUGUUAUAGUAAAAAUAUCUGUUAUAGCCGCUUUCACCAGGUGUUUCAAUUGCCUAACCAUACCUUAAUCAUAGUUUAUUUGUCAUAACCUUUCCCUAACCUUUUACCGUAGUUGCCAGGUGCAGAUAUUGGAAGAAAUUAUUUUGAAAACAUUGGCCUUGGACAUUAAAAAAAAAGUUGUACUUGAAUGUAAUCAGGGUUUUUGCAGAAUCCUCUUAAUUUCAUCGUCCUGUCUGGCAAUAGGGUUGGCUUUUUUUCUGGAUAUAUAACAUCCUUGGUGGUGCUGGUGUGGGAGGCAUCCCUUGCUGUCAGUUACUUGCUGGGAGUUGUCGACAUGAGAUGAGCAAACUUAUUACAAACUUAUUGUUGUAUCCUUGGUAACCUGCUUGGUGCUCACGAAAACCUCCCUUAUCAGAGUGUUCACUUUGACUGGGAUGUUACUGAUUUGAUCCACAGACACAACGAACGACUUAAGCUCUGUGUUUCCAGUCUGGUUGGUAGAGAUUUACACAUCUAUAACAUACUGGAGUCAGCCACUUUUAUUAUGAAGGUUAUUGAAGCCUCUACAGCACAAAUGCCGUUUUUUUGGUCGUCCAGUAACAAUUGAGUUUACAGUCAGCCUCUGUCUGUUUGCAGUGUGAUUGUUUUGCCAGUGGUAUGUUUUGGGACGAAAAAUAUUGAGAAGGAUAUGAAUCCUUCUGUUCUGUUACUUGUUUACAUAAAAAAGUAUAAGGAAAUAAACCUACAAACUUUAAAAAACGGGUUUUUUCUCUGCAACACACUGCCACCUAAGGUAUGGCAGGGAUUUAAACCUGCUACACAAAUACUCACCAGAAGUCAUAGGUAAAGAAAUCCAAGACACUUUAUCAGAGGAACAUUUAAGUGUAUAUAGGGUGUGAGUAUUACCAAUAUUAUAUGUACUGGAUAGUGAAGUUUUAAAUUAUGAAGUGUUGUGCUACACUGUGUAUCUAUGUGCUGUUAAAUGGACCAGGUAUUUGUUGGCUUUAUCAUUAUACACUGUGGAAAAUGAGAUUUUAAUCUGCAGCUCCUGAGAUUACAGUGCCUGGAAUUUGUUUGCUUACUUUCUCUUGGACUCUUAACACCCUUGUAUGUAAUGAGUGCUCCUCUAUAUCACAUAAAGGCAGUGUUCCUCCUCAGGGCCAGUUUAGUGAACUGAAAAUUUGGAAUAAAUCCUUGUAUUUGUUGUCUGAUCAAAUGGGGAAAAAACACUCAGGGAAGUAUUGGCAGCUCAUUAAUUUCACUGACCCAACUUUUCUGGACAGAUGGCUCUUCUGACACAUCAUUUGGAUAAAGUAAUACUAAAAUAAGACUGUAAAAGCCCUGCCAACAGACCCUAGAGGCCUUAUGGCGCUUCUAACACACAACCAGACCCAAGUGGUUUGAAACGACUAAGCAACCAGUACUGCCAUCAAUAAAACCUCAUGCUAAGAGCUAAAAUAAAGGAAUACACAAUGUAUAAUACUGAAAAUAUACUUUAUUAUUCAGUGCAUCCAUAUGACUUAUGACAAUUUACAAAUAGAUUAAGUAUUCAAGUUUAAUUUUAGUGAUUAGCUGUUUGAAAUUGACCUCUCUGGUGAAACAAGUGCAUCUAAAUGAACCUCAGUGGGACAAAAUCCUAAUUACAAUGUGCGUAUGUAGUAAUUGGUUAGUUAUAACUGUUAGCAUGCUAAAUCAGCAUGCAAAUCCUGCAUUUAUACCAAUAUUAGUUAUUGGUUAUGCAAUCAUACAGCUGGACUUUGAGCCCUUGUGUCACUAUCCUUAUACUCAUGUGGUGUGUGUGUUUAUGCAGUUUCUAUUGUCUUUCUGAUGUAUGUUCAAAACAGACUAACAAAAAAGCGUCCACCAAAUGGUGUGUGUCAUCCUGGCCGUGUUCCUACUUUCUAUCAGUAAGUAGAUUGUAGUUUUAGUUCUCUAAACAUGUUGGAGGCAGAAAUCUCUAUGGAGGGAGAAAUUUUUAGCCAAGAAUAUUUUCUUGAGCACGAGUUAGCUAUUUGGAAAACUUCAACAGAAAAGAAGAAACUGAAAACAAGAAUAAAACUUCUGCUAAUGGCCCCUAGAGACUGCAAUGAAUAUUACACUCCACAGUACAAAAGUGGGUGGAACAAAUUAAAUCCUAAAAAAAAUGUAUGUAGAGCAUUGGCGGUGCAGCUAAAAGUGUAAAAUACUGUCCCAAAGUUGAUCAUUUGGCCUAAGGGUGGCAUUAGUUGAAAACUCAUGGAAUCUGUGGGAGAAAAAACCUUCAGCUGAGCCAGAUGUCUUUAGGUACUCUCACACACUGUUUAAUUCAUCUUCAGUAAAACACUUGAGUCAAAUAGAGUCCAAUGCAAUAUAGAUUUUACUGCAAUAUCAAGUACACACAAAACGAGUUGGUUCAUGACGCAACUGAACAGGCUUAGUUGUGCAUUCACUUAUAUUUUCAAAACAUGCUCCUCCUGGCAGGUUGUUGGGAUGUUCCCUGUUAGUUCCAUAAUCAAAACAUGGAAAUCAUUGACAGUCUCUGAUUGAUUAUGAAUUAUUGUGCCAUUAGGCGUUUACCCACUUGAGGGUGCCAUUACACAAGGAACUUCUGAUUAAAGACAUGAUCAAAACAUGAUUUCCUCAACUGUCCUUGAAUAAAUUGGAUAAAGAUAUGGUUGUUUCUGAGAAACUAGAACAGGAGGAUCCGGACAGAGAGCUAUGACUGCUGUGAAGAUCGUCUUUUAUGUUUCUUAAUUAGACAGAAAGAGUUUAUCACAAAACUUCCCAGGCUCUGUUCAACGAAAUACAAACUUCCGUGUGUUGUUUCUGGAUCAUAAAUUCAAUGUUUCUUUGAUUAAAAUGGAGCAAAUCAUAACUGCAAUAAACGAGCACCCUCCGACCUUGUUGGUA